UUUGACACCAAUCACUCCUCAAUUUGCCUGAAACAACACACUUGGCACACCUGAUCCUUCACUGUAUUUGAUCUCCAAUGGUGGCAGACAAUUGGCCCGAUAUCAAGCACGACUACGUCAAAGCACCACCGACACCCGAUGCAGUAUCGAGCGAAUCGACCAAACCCGAGGUUGUACCGUUCAGCCAACAACCGAAUCCACUGGACCAUGCUUCGUUCAUCUCGAUCCUUUUGGCGCAAUGGGUCUACCCGAUGAUAUCAUUGGGCUCGAAGAAGAUCCUCGAGAUGGAAGACGUGUGGCCUCUUUGUCCCCGUGACUCUUGUCAGGCUGUGGAAGCUCGCUUUCGUCAAGUCUACGCACCUGAUAAACACCAUAUCUUUGGCGUUUCGCCCGUGGCAAUGGCGUUCGCGGUGGCAUUUCGGGCGGAAUUGACCGUUGUGUUAACGAGCUGCAUGUUGUACGUGGUGGCGUUGGGGAUGCAGUCGUACGUCGCCCAGGGGCUUCUGGAAUUCCUCAACAAUGAGGAGAAUAUCUUCCACAUCUCCAGUGGAUACUGGCUCAUGGCAAUGAUGACCGGCAGCUCUCUCGUUGCAGUAUUGUCACUGAACUACGUGUUCUUCUUGUCAGCACGUAUCGGUAUCAACAUGCGCUCUCUCACCAUGUCCCUUAUCUACGAUAAGGCCCUCAAGCUGUCGAGUGAAGCUCGCCAAGAGUAUACGACUGGCGAGAUUCUCACACUCAUGAGCGUCGAUACAGAACGCGUGUUCCACUUCGUGGCACAUGGUCCGUGGCUUGUCAUGGGGCCCCUUGGCUUUGCCAUCUCCAUUAUGCUUGUCGGUGUGCUCUUCGACUUCUAUUCUUCCAUUGCUGGAGCCCUGGUGCUUAUCGCGGUGAUGGCUCUAUCAGUGCAGCAAGGAGAUCGCAUCGCCAGACUGCAGAAACAACUACUCAAAGUCAUCGAUGAACGCGUCAAGGUUACGUCCGAAGCUCUGCAAGGUAUCCGCGUUAUGAAGUUCUAUGCGUGGGAGGAUUCUCUUGCUCAACGUGUGGACAAAUUACGAGUACGGGAAGUGGCUUUGUUACGUAAGUUCCACUUGUACCAGGUGAUCAAUACCGUCAUGCUGUUCGUCACACCGACGUAUCUGUCCGGUGUUACGUUGGGUCUGUACAUGCUCAUUCGGAACGAAAUCAGCGUCGUUCAGGCGUUUACGUUGAUCGCAAUGGUCAAUAUCUGCCGCACAGCCCUCAACCAGCUACCUCAGGCCAUUGGGGGCUACUCGAAGGCCAAAAUUUCGUUUGCGCGGAUCGACCAGUUCCUUCUGGCUAGUGAGAUCGUGACCCAAUCGCCCUUGCCGUCACCUUCGACAGAUACGUCCAUGACGACUCCUCUCAUAUCGGAGCCUCUCGCCGGUGGUGAAUUUGUCGGUAGGGGGUGCAUUUCGAUCCGCGACGCUAGUUUUCGUUGGCCUGGGACGUCUGCUGCAGAAGGAAUUGUUGUAGUUACACCGACGUUAGAUGACGACCAAAGCGGUAACGAUAUCGACGAGAUUGUCAAAAGUGCGGCUUUACCCGAUGAACAACAACCACAAGAAUUUCGACUGGAAGGUCUCAACUUGGAGAUCGAGCGUGGAGCUCUCGUUAUGGUGGUCGGUAGGGUUGGAUCCGGUAAAUCCAGUCUAGUCAACGCCAUCCUUGGAGAAAUGCCACGAACCUCCGGUGUACUCGAAAUCGGUGGACGCGUGGCGUAUGUUAGCCAAGACACCUGGAUCCGCAAUGCAACUCUGCGUGAUAACAUUCUCUUCGAGCAAGACUACGAUGCUGAACGAUACGAACAGGUACUGGAUGCGUCGCAACUGGCGAUGGACCUGAUGGCUCUACCCAAUGGAGACUCGACGGAGAUUGGUGAACGUGGCAUCAACUUGAGUGGCGGUCAGAAAGCUCGAGUGGCUAUCGCUCGUGCGAUGUACCGGGCAGGGACGGAUGUGCUGAUUUUGGAUGAUCCGUUGAGUGCUGUGGAUCCCCACGUAGCUCAUGCGAUUUUCGACAAGUGUAUCGUUGGUAUGGCUGGUGAUCAGACUCGGUUGCUGGUGUUGAAUAGCCACUACGACUUGCUGCCAAAUGCAGAUUAUAUCGUGGUGAUGAGUGAGGGUGUAAUUACCGCGGCUGGGACGUACACUGAUGUCGCGGCUCAGUUUCCUCAUCUUGGAUUGAAUAGCGACGUUCUAGUUGAUAACGAGAAGAAACCAGCGACAGAGAAUGUAGAAAAUGAUGACAUCGAGGCGAUCCUGGACCAUUCUAAAGAUCAGCAGGAACAGAUUGCUAUUGCGGAACCCACUGAGCCGAUGGAGGACAAGAGCAACGACGCAACCGCGGCGGGGAAGCUCGUUCAGGCAGAAGACCGAGUGAGAGGAACGGUGAGCACGCGGGUGUACAAGACGUACUUUGACGAGUCUGGGUUCAAUGGAAUUGUCGUCUUUGUCGUGCUUGUACUUGUGUACUGUAUCGGCCAAGCAAAUCGCACGGUCGUCGACUGGUGGCCUGGACACUGGGCUCGCACGCUCAAGCGUCAUGCGGAAGACUUAGCGUACUCAAACACGGGCCUGGGUAUGUGGUACCUUGGACUUAUCAUCCUGUGUUCGGUACUGACUUUGCUUCGAGCAUUGAUGAUGAUCGAAACGUGCGUUCGUACUUCGCAAAAUCUUCACGACGAGCUCUUUCGUCGGGUAUUGAACGCUCCAAUUACUCGGUACUUCGACGUGACCCCAAUGGGCCGUAUCCUCAAUCGCUUUUCAAACGAUCUGGACCAAAUGGACUCGAUUCUGCCACAAGAGUACCAAAUCCUCUUCCAAAAUGUGUCGAUGGCUCUCGGUUCUCUCGUAGUGUCAGCUUUCGCGUCGUACUGGAUCGGUGUAUCGUACAUUCCGAUCUUCUUCGUCUUCUUGUGGACUGGCGAACACUUCAAAAAGACAUCAUGUGAGAUCAAGAGACUGGAAGGCGUGACAAGGACACCAGUGUACAAUUUGUUCGGCGAAACGUUGUCCGGUUUGGCAACAAUCCGGGCUUUCCGGAUGGAAGACAAAUUCUCAGCACGGAACCGACAAGUCGUUGACACGAACACAAACUUGUACCUGACGUACUGGUGUUCGAGUCGCUGGUUGGCCACACGACUUGAUCUUCUCUCGGUGGUUAUUAUUUUCAUCGUCACGCUUUACCUCGUAGCAACGAAAGGACAAGUCGGGGCGAUGACUUCAGGUAUCUCACUCACGUAUUCACUCAUGUUGACAUCAGUGGUUCAGUGGGUCAUGCGUGCAGUGGAUCGUACAGAUAACGCUAUGACGAGUGUCGAGCGAUUGCUGUUCUUCCGUGGGAUCGAGAGUGAAGUCGACAUAGGCAAGACCGUUGAAGAUCUUCUUUCGCAAGAAAACCUAAUGGGCAAGGUGCAAGCAUGGCCAUCUCGUGGCAGUAUUCGAUUCGAUCAGCUUUGCUUGCGUUACCGACCGGAACUCCCGCUGGUACUCAAAGGUGUUGAUAUGAGCGUGGCUGCCGGUGAGAAAGUUGGUAUCUGUGGGCGCACCGGAGCUGGGAAAUCUUCACUUAUGGUUGCGCUCUUCCGUAUCUGCGACUUCGACAGCGGACGUGUAUUCAUCGACGAUGUUGAUAUCGCUACUAUUAACCUCCGUGAACUCCGACGUAGCCUCGCCAUCAUCCCGCAGGACCCCGUGCUCUUCAGCGGACCCCUUCGUGAAAACCUCGACCCGUUCCACGAGUACUCGGAUGAGCGUAUCUGGAACGUACUCAAACAGGUUCACAUGGCUGAUAGUCUGCGACGCUGGGGAGCUGGUCUCGACUUCGAGGUGGCAGAAGGUGGAGACAACCUGUCAGUGGGUCAACGUCAGCUCAUCUGUAUCGGUCGCGCACUGCUCAAGGACAGUAAGGUGGUGGUGCUGGACGAGGCCACGGCUAAUGUGGAUACAGCUACAGACGCACUCAUCCAGACGACCAUCAAGGAGACGUUCGAGGACAAGACGGUGCUGAUCAUCGCGCACCGCAUCAACACGAUCCUGUAUUGCGACAAGAUCGCCGUGAUGGACGCAGGUAGCGUGGCGGAGUUCGACUCUCCGUCGGUGCUGUUAGCACAGCCUCAGUCAGUGUUUGCAGCGCUUGCCAAGAAAUCGGGCACAGCUUAAUUAGGGAGCUGUAACGAAUUCAGUCAACAAUAGCUACCUGUCCGAUUAGAAAAGAGACCGUAGUGGGCCUUGAGGCUUCGUUACUUUACAUUGGAUACAUGUUAGCUGCGCCAUAUCGAUGACCGCGUGGCCGCGCGCAUAAUAAGAGUUUACCGAAUUGCGUCUAUUUCGCGUUUGCGUAAUAGUAUAUCUUGUAUCC